UGGCUCUGCCCCAUGCACAGUCCAAGUUAGAUUUAAAUUGAAACCGUUCGUGCUCUGUUCGUCGCCUCCCGCUUUUCGCUGCAGAAUAUACUUAUAACACCGAAUUUUUUUUAUAACCAUAAAUCCACCUACAUUUCUGUGUACCUAUCUGUGUGUGCGUAGGCGUUACGGUUGUCCGUGUGAUAUUGGUACUGUUACCUGCCCCCGCAAUCAAAGUAGUUCCCACCUGCCCCCGUGGAAGCUAGGAAGACCAACAAGUGCUCACACUCACACAAGUGCAUCAGUGUGCCAGUUGCAUUGCCCGGAGAGUGCGUUCAACCAAUUGAAAGUGAUUGAAAGCGACAAGUGAAAAUAGAUCUGACAAAAGCGGCAGCAUCAGCAGCAGCGGUAGUGACAGCGACAGCGACGGGGAGACAAAGUAGAACAGUUUUAGCAAUUUUUUUGCACAAAAAUAACAAACAGCUGUUCGCGCGAGUGCGAGAAAGCAUCAGAGUGUGUGUGUGCGUGCGUGUUGUUGUUGUUUAGAAGCGUAACAGGUCCGCCUGCGUGGGAGAGCCAAAUAAGAGCGAGAGAGAAGAGUCGACUGGUGUGCACAGCUGCAUCUCUGUCCACAGCAUCAGAAUGACCGACCUAAACGAAUUGCUGGGAUCGCCAUUUGUGCGCGUCAAGUUGGUGGCGUUUGUGCAUUUCUUCUUCAUAUCGAAUGCCAUGCUGGGCAGCUGGGGGCAUGGGGCCUAUGAGUUCUACAAUUUUCUGUUCAUCAUUUCCAUGUUCUGGUCGAUCCACAGCAAGGACUCAAUUGAAGCAGUGCAAACGGCGCUCGUCAUCGAUGCUUCUAGCAUAUUCUUUGAUCUAGUCAGCAUUAUCGUUUAUUUCCAUUACAUGAAUGGUUGGGCCAUUGCUUUUAGCAUCAUCAACCUGAUCCUGCGCCCGGUGAGCGUGGCCCUGCUCUAUCGCGAGUUCAAUACGCGCGGCGGCAGCCUGCAGACGGGCUCGGUCUUCCCCACUAGCCAGCAGCGCAGCUAUCAGGACAUUGAUCGUCCCACGCAGCCGACUCCAACCAACUCGCAGCCGGGUCCCAAUGUGGCCAGCAUUUUCUAGAUCGGAGAGCCACCAUCCCACAGCCCAAAAACAAAACAAACAAACAAACAAACAAAAAACCAAUGGAUGGACGUGUUCCGAUCUGAAGAAGGACAUCGAAUGGAACGCAACGGAGUCCCGGGUCCCUUCUCCAUCCCAGAAGAGAAUGAGAACAUUUUGAUAUGCUAAAUAAUUAAAUAAAUACAUUUUUUUGUCAUU